CUAGCUACCGUGCUGGUAUAUGUGGAUGAUCUAAUUCUAACAGGAGAUUGUGAAGAAGAAAUUCUCCGUACAAAGGAGAAUUUGUCAGUACGCUUCCAGAUGAAGGAACUCGGACAGCUCAACCAUUUUCUUGGCUUGGAGGUUGAUCGUAGUGAAGAAGGAAUUUAUUUGCAUCAGAAAAAAUAUUCCAAAGAUCUGUUGAAGAAGUUUGGGAUGUUUAAUUGCAAACCAAUAUCAACACAACACCGCUGGAGCCAAAUGCUAAGAUGUGUGCUCAUGAUGGGAAGGACCUGGAAGAUGCAACAAUGUAUCGACAAUUGGUGGGUAGUUUGAUCUACUUGACUUUAACAAGACCCAACAUCUCUUACGUAGUUGGUGUGAUGAGUCGAUACAUGCAAAAUCCAAAGAAACCUCAUUUAGAAGCAGUUCAAAGGAUUUUGAGAUAUAUCGAGGGUACAUUUGGAUAUGGUAUUAUAUACAAGAAAGGUGGAGAUUGUAAGUUAGUUGGCUACUGUGAUGCUGACUAUGCAGGUGAUCAUGACACCCGACGAUCGACUACUGGAUAUGUCUUUAUGCUUGGGUCUGGAGCAAUUUCAUGGUGCAGCAAGAGGCAACCAACUGUGUCGUUGUCAACGACAGAAGCGGUAUACCGAGCAGCAGCAAUGGCAGCUCAAGAAAGUACUUGGAUUAUAAAGUUGCUGAAGGAUUUGCAUCAGCCAAUGGAGUAUGCAAUUCCGUUAUAUUGUGACAACCAGUCGGCGAUACGCUUGAAGGAGAAUCCAAUGUUUCACGCUAGGACUAGCAUGUGGAGGUACAUUACCCACUACAAGAGAACAUGGAAUUAGCUACGGAAUUUGUCGGUAAUCCCUAGCCAAUCGUCGCUAAAUAGCUCCUCGCUUAUUAGAAUUUUUUAUAAUCCGUCGCUAAUCCGUAGCUAAAUGAGAUUAGCAUGGGAUUUUUACUGUUUAGCUACGAAAUUUUGUCCGUCGCUAAUUUCUUGUUUUCUAGUAGUCAACUUUAAAUGCUAAUAUGGAGAGCAACUCCAGCUCCUUGUUAUUUAAUUAGUACUUAAUAGUAGAGUCUUUAGUGGUUAGUCUAAUGUUUCCCUGUUAGUAAUUAAUUACUGCGUAGUUACAUGUUCCUCAGCAUGUAAUACUACUAUUAGUCUUAGUGCCUAGUGGUUAGUGGAAGUUUCCUAGUUUUAUGGUUAGUAGGUUGUUGUGUUAGUAACCAAGUAGCACGUUUGGAUGCCUAUAUAAAAGGCCAUCAUGUAUCUUAAAUAUAUGCAACUGCUAAGUUAAUUUAUUAGCUUUUGUUUGUCCCCUUCUUUUUUUUUUUUCCAGAUAUUUUGCCUUUGAGUGUUAAUUCAUUAAAAAGCUUCACAGAUUGUUGUGUUUGUGUUCAACGUUAACAUGGCUUGUUUCUUCUUCCCAAUUCCAACUAACUCUUCUCUUAAUGUAAUUGAACCAGGUGUUGUACCAACCCCUUUCUUUUUUGAUGAUUUCUUACACAUAAUUCAAAGUUGCAGUCCUUACCUCGCUAUCAUCCGUAGCAGUAGUAUUGCUAUUUAGUACUUGCAUAGUAUCUUUUACUUCGUUUUAUUUGUUACUUGUUGCUUUAUUGGUUGUUUUUAUCUUGCCACUUCAUUGUCAAUCUUUUUUCCCUUUAACUUGUCUUUGGUACUUUGUUGUGCUGAGGGUCUAUCGGGAACAACCUCUCUACCCCAACAAAAGUAGGGGUAAUGUCCGCAGACAUCCCACCCUACCCAGACCCCACUUGUAGGAUUACACUAGGUAUGAUGUUGUUGUUACUUACAUUGCUAUUACACUUAAAUUCAUUUAACACUUGCAUCAUAUUGAACCAAUACAAGCCAUCACAAAAUUAAAAAGACUGUAUACACGAAUUCAAGAAAGAUAUA